ACCGUUAACACUCCAUUGUAAUGGCGCAAACCAAUAUAUGCAAUUAGGCGUCACUGUGUUGUAUCAAUCUCUCCCAGACAAUGGUAACAAUGAGAAACGUCAGCAAAGAAACACCAGCAGCAGAUCAAAACCUAGAUCAUCAGAAGAAUCAGAAGAUGAGCGAGUACGAAAAAUGCAGGGAAGCAAGAAUUAAAGAGAAUUUAGAAAGAAUGAAACAGCUUGGAAUUCUUGAUCUCUCUCUUAAGCUCAAAACUGCUAGCAAGCCCGCCAGGAAUGCUUCAUUAUUUGCUCAAAAAACCCCUCGCCGUGUAUCCCCAAUGCGCAGUGUGGGUCCUGUCCGUCGCUCUUCUAGGUUACGUAAUGUGACCCCAGGCAGCUACUCUGAAUUUGCUUUAUCGAAGAAAGGUUCAUUUGAGACAGAGGAGGAGCUACUGGGAGAGGGCCUUGCACCAGAGGCAUACACAGAAGAACAGAAAAAACUGUUAGGUUGCACAAACAUGAGUUGGACCCGUUGCGUGGAUGGCUAUGGCAAGGAUGGAAAAAGGGUUUAUGAUCCAAUUGAGGGAAGGAGUUGUCACCAAUGCAGGCAGAAAACUCUUGGGUACCGCACUGAAUGUAGCCAGUGCUGUAGAGUUCAAGGACAGUUUUGUGGAGAUUGUUUAUACAUGAGAUACGGAGAGAACGUACUUGAGGCAUUGGAGAAUCCAGAAUGGGUUUGUCCCGUUUGUCGUGGAAUUUGCAACUGCAGUUUAUGCAGGAAUGCAAAAGGGUUGCCUCCCACUGGGUUUUUGUACAGGAAGAUCUCAAAAAUGGGCUUCAAGUCAGUUGCACAUUAUCUUCUUCAGACAGAAGGCCAAACAACCAAUUUAGAGGAGGGUACCAAAGUUCCCCUUUCUGCAAAAAGAUCACUGGCCUUUUUGAAACCGGAAGCAUCAUCCAUGCUGAUGGAAUCGGUUGAUUCCAAUGAUGGCCUCAAAGAAUCUGUAGAAGUGAAGUGUGAAAAGGAUAAGACUGAUGAGGAUCACAAAGAUGAGGGACUUGAUGGCAGAGUAAAUAUAUUGAGGAAAAGAGGAUUAAGGCUAAGUUGCCCUAUCCUGUAAUAUUUAUACUACGACUUUUAAAGACUUACAGGCCCAUGGGCUAUUCUUUUAUUUAACACUCCUCCUCAAGAUGGGCGAUAUAUAUCAAUCAUUCCCAUCUUGUUACAUAUAUUAUUCCACUCUUUAGAUCCUAA